AUUGUCCUUUCCGUUCUCAGCACGCUCAGUCUCAGAGAAUCCUCAAGAAUAAAUCGUCUGCACGCCCUAAAAAUACUGGAAUUCGAGGACGAAUAUCAUCUUUGGAUUAACCAAGUGCACCUUAAUAUAUCAGGAUACGUGUAGUCUGUGCAGAAGCUACCAGUCUUCACUACCACCCACCACCCUAUCAGUCGAUUCCCGCUCACCUCUCCUUCGAAGUUCUGAAGUGCGUCUGAUCAAUCCCCAUGAUGACCUGGCGCCUCUUCAUCCUGUCCAUCCUGAUGGGGAUGACCCUGUUCUUGGUAUGGAACAACUACCAAGCGACCGGCUCCAUCUCAGAGGGAAUCAACAAGUCCUGGAGGGACGUCUCCAAUGCCGAAGUGGUCAAAGAGGCCCAAAAGGCAUGGGGGAAGUCUACUCGUCAGUCCUCGUUGACCCUCAAGAAAUUCAAGGAUGGGAGACUGAUGCAGGAUGCUGUCAAAUAUGUAGAUAGAUUCUCCAUGGCAAUAUUCCAUGCUAAAACUCCUGAUUUAUUAGCUGAGCUACAAAAGUAUGAAAAGACUUUCUUGGAUGCUGCUCUCCUGAUGGUGUGGCUGAUAACAGGAUACGUGGGUAUUCGUUACUUAUCAUCAGGCCUCACUCUCUUCGUCAUGGCAACCUCACUCCUGGUGCACUCCCUCUAUGGUCCCGCAUGGUGCAUGUAUGAAUUGUUUGUGUUUAUAGGUCUUUUGGGUUUCAUCAUCUCUGUCAUCACCAACAACGCCGUCUUCACUGCCUUCCUCCUCUCCGCCUUCUACAUGGUGUACGCCCUCUGGAGGUUCGUUGGGCCCAGUGAUGGCAACCGAAUGGACCGGAUAGAAGGCAGAAUAUCGCACAUCCAGCAUGAACUGAACGACCUCGGAAAGCAGCUUUCUAUUGUUGAGGAUAAGGUGGAUUUAAUCCGUGCUUCCAAGCGAGAGUCCAAGUAGUCAUGGUGGUGGUAGUGUUUUUAGACAGGGGGUCGGAGGUUGGGGGGGGGGGGGCAUGAGUGAUAGAACUGCCUAUAGGUCACAUGACUGUAUUUAUUGUCAUCCAAAUGCCUGAGCCUGUUCCACACUUAAUACCAAAUAUUUCUUCACUUGGAACAUGUUCAUUCAUGAACUCCAAUAUCCUUGAUCACAUUUUGAAGUGAUAACUUGUUUUUCAGGAGUAUUUCACAAAUUAUUUAUUAAAGAAAUAUAGACUUUUUAGGUAUAUUACUUGCAAUAGGUCAGAAUAUAGAUGUAUUCGAAUUCAUUGUAAAAACAAACUUUAAAACUGCAAAUUUUGGUAUCUUCUUUUUUUCAAAUUUUGGAUGGCAUUGUAGUUUUUAGUGUAAAAUUUCAUGUCAAUAUCCAUUUGUAAGAAAAAAUGUCAUGCGAGCCUUGUGAGCUCAUCCAAUUAAAUAUGAUUUUCAUCAGACAUGUCAAAAUGUAUUAAUUAUUUUGCAGAGCACUCUAGAAAAAGAGGCGCGAUGGCUCAGUGGUCUUGUAAAACCAAGAGGUCCCACUUUCGAAAAACAAGUCAAAGCGCUAGUGCCCUGUGGUAAAAAGUUAAUCCUUGUUACCAAGUCAUUGGGUGAUGACUUGAAGUUGUAGGUCCCCUAGUUGCUUAAUACUUACAUGCAUACAAAUGCUUUCAUAGCAGUCAGGUGCUACAAACAAACACUAAAAAAUGAUUUCAUGUUGUGUAUAUCCAACUGCCAUAUGAACAGUUUAUUCUCAUUAGUGUUCAUACUUGAUGAAAUAAUGAUUUUUCAGUUGCUUUUUUUGAAGAGAUCUGAUAAUAAGUUUUGUGUGCUAGGGAAGGGGCUCUGAUAGUGUAUUGCAAACCUGAAUUUUUUUUUUUUUGUAGGAUAACAUUACUGGUGCUUCAAAUCAUUCAUUCCAAAUUUAAUAGAACAAGUUAGAGAAAAGAAAGAAACCUUGCAAAAGAUAAAGAUGCAUUAAAUACCGGCACAAAAUAAUAGAAAGUCGGUGCUUUUGAUUAAAAGUGAGAAACAGCAAUUGUGUUUGUAUGAAGAACAAGAUAGGGUCCAAUUAUAGUUAAAUGAGAAUACUUUUAUUUUAAUUCAAAAAGUAGGGGCAUGUUAAAUCUUACUGAGUCCUAUCUGAACGAGGUGUAACCAACAACAAGGAGACGCGAUAGCGUAGUGGUAGAGCAGUGGUCUCGUAACCGGGAGGUCCUGGGUUCGAAACCAAGUCCCUGGUAGAGGACUCAAAGCCGUCUGUCCCCUUGUCGCUUACUUUCAAGCAUACGUAUACUUUCUUAGCAGUCGGG